AAUUAACAACUAAUUAACUUAACCUCAGCUUUAAUUUUGUUCAUAAUUAAGUAGAAGAACAACAAAAAAAAAUUAAAAAUUAACAAUGCAUGAUCAUACGAUGCCUUCAUCACCAUCAACGCCAACUCGAAUUCGACGUAGACGAACACAAGAUGUGAUAUUUCCGGAGCUAAGCAAAUUAAAUGGAGGUCAUUUACUUAUGGAUGAUAAAAACAAAUACAAAACAAUGUGGAUUCGAACGUAUUCAUCUCUGUGGAUGCUUAUAAGCAUUAUAAUCAUACUUUAUUUGGGUCAUUUGUAUAUUUGUGCAAUGGUUGUUGUGAUCCAAAUCAUCAUGACAUCUGAAUUGUUCAAUCUACUUAGAAGAACAGAUGAAGAUAAGUGUCUUCCUGGAUUUAGGCAACUAAAUUGGUACUUUUUCUUCACGGGCAUGUUGUUUGUAUAUGGACGUAUACUCAGCCAACAACUUGUGAAUACUGCAACUAUUGAUGAAUUCUCUUAUAAGUUAGUAAGCAAGAUUGUAAAGUAUCAGAUGGUCUUUUGCUAUUUUCUGUAUAUUGCAGGACUUGUUUGGUUCAUUUUAACGUUAAAGAAGAAGACGUACAAGUAUCAGUUUGGUCAGUAUGCGUGGACUCACAUGGUUCUAUUUGUGGUGUUCACUCAAUCCUCUUUUACUGUAGCCAACAUAUUUGAAGGCAUUUUUUGGUUCCUUCUUCCUGCAUCACUUAUCGCGAUGAAUGAUGUAUCAGCUUAUUUCUUUGGUUUUUUCUUUGGGAAGACGCCUUUGAUCAAGCUGUCUCCGAAAAAGACAUGGGAAGGCUUCAUUGGAGGAUCUGUUGCCACCAUGAUAACAGCUUUCUUGUUUGCAAAUGUCCUUGGUCGUUUCCAAUGGUUGACAUGUCCAAGAAAGGACCUAUCGACUGGUUGGCUUCAGUGUGAUCCUGGUCCUCUAUUCAAACCAGAAUACUAUUCUAUAGCUGGAUUGACUCAAUGGUUCCCUCUGAAGGAGAUAUCGAUACUUCCUGUGCAAUGGCAUGCUUUAUGCUUGGGUUUAUUUGCAUCCAUAAUCGCUCCGUUUGGGGGAUUUUUUGCUAGUGGUUUCAAGAGAGCCUUUAAGAUCAAGGAUUUUGGCUAUUACAUUCCUGGACAUGGCGGUUUCACAGAUAGGAUGGAUUGCCAGAUGGUGAUGGCCAUUUUUGUCUAUAUUUACUACCAGUCAUUUGUUCCUCAAGACUAUUCUAUUGACAUGAUUUUAGAUCAGAUAGUAAGGAAUCUCAGCUUUGAGGAUCAGAAAACACUUUACUAUAGGCUGGGCCAGAUAUUUAGGCAGAGGCAGAUGAAAAAUUAUUGAACAAUGUUAUCAACUUUGCACAAAAUAUUUACUUAUUGAUUUUCUCUUCUUAAA